CUAACUCAGUCAGCGUUGGAUUUGGCAGUGAGCAGACAAGAAAACUUAAAACAAGUUCACAAAUAUGUCGCGAAAAAUAAAAUUGGAUUUAGAACUUGUACUCGAAACACUGCUUAAUGCUGUGCGAAGAAAAAAGAAAAGCCGUCCAGAAGUGCCGGUAGAAGACACGAUUGAGAGAACCUACGGUGACCGUACAGAAGGAAUUUUUGUCCGGAUGUAUGAGUUCAUUGUGGAAUUGGCGCUGCCUAUAUUGGAGCAACUGUUUGACUUCGUGGAGUACGCUAUUUUACAAGUGAUUGGUUUCGUGGAAAAUGCUGUGGAAGUUUUCUUAGGAGAAAUUAAAGCGCAACAAGCGGCACUAGAAGCCCUUGUGGAAUAUUUGACCAAGUACUUGGGAUUUGCCAUCACCUGUUAAUCAAAAUAGUGAUAAAUGGUUCAAUAAAUGUUGCAGUACUACA